AUGGAUCCUGCUGAGGCAGCGGCGGCGUAUUUGACCUCCGUUUUUGAAAGAAUGGGGGUGCCGUGCAGAGUGAGCAACACACCGGAAAAAGGAAAGCACGUUGUUGCAACAGCUGACAUCCCAGCACAGAGCGAUCUCUUCGAAGAGGCACCCAUCGUGUCGUGGCCAGCGCAGAGUUACGUGGAGAUUGGCAUUCCCUUCUGCUCGCACUGCCUCCGGCAACAGAGGAAGAUAGACGCGACGAGGGGAAGCAGGGGUAGGGGCACGUGGAGUACCUGCAACGGCUGCGGAUCAUUUUUCUGUUCAGACAUCUGUGAGUCAUCCAGCAGGACUGCGCAUCGUAUCUUGUGUUGUGUUUUGAAAGAGCUCCGGGAAGAAAAGGUAAACGCGAACCUUUGCACUGACAGUGUCGAUGAUACCCGCUACAAGCCCAUCACAAAGGAGUCGCUGGCACGGUGUGUGGCGUGGAUUGUUUCUCGCAUUGCAACGAGCAUCCAGCAGCAGAAGUUUAGUGGCAAGGUGCUUGGAGAGCACCACAACGAAAAUGGAGAGAGUAUUGCCCGGCAACUCUUCCACAUUGCCACUGCGCCUUUUAAUCGCCUUAUCGACGUCCCUAGAGGCACAGAGUUCGCUGAUGUGGAUGCUGCUGCAUGGUAUCGGACCGUGGAUGAGCUCCUUCGAGAGCCUUGCCGUGCUGCCCUGUUGGGAGCUGCUGCUCAACCAUCCGCCGAUGGCGACGUCUGGGCAGAAGAAAUUGUCGAUGCUUUGUUGCGUCACGACACCCUAGAAUCCUUACUUGGUCAGAUGACGCUUAACGCACAGGCGUUAAACAGUUUUCUCCUGUUUUCCCCUUCCAGUGGUGGGGCACCUUCUUCCGCUACUCCGCCUGCGGAAUGGGUUCUAAAGGGCGGCGGCGUUUAUACUUUGCAAUCUGCCUUCAACCACUCGUGCCGGCCUAAUGUGAUUGUGAGUGCGAUGGAUGGUACACAUGACAUCACAUUGCGUACACUCCGCCCAGUAAAGAACGGGGAGGAGCUCACCAUCACGUACAUACCACUCAAGGACACCACGCGUGAAAAGCGGCACGCACUGCUGAGGGGGUACUUCUUCACGUGCCACUGCCCUCUCUGCAAAGAGGAGGAGACGGCCACGGAUGCUUCCAAUGCGUAA